AAUUGUUGCGAUCACUUAGCAGAUAAGCUAAGCGAUGGGGCCAAUUUGUUGACAGCUUUUGUGCACCUACCGGAAGGCAGUUGAUGAUUGAUGCGUAUUGAUUUUUGGUCGAACCAUUAACCAUCGUACUUUUGGCGCAAAUCUGAACGCCUAUCUGCAACUGGUAUUAACCGUACUGUAUGCAUUGUACACUACAGUACCGGGAUUUAUAGACUUCCCUCAAAAAGUGAAAAUAGAAAUUUUGACAAUUUACUCGACUUAUUGAUUAAAAGAUCAAAUCAAGACUUGAUGUAGUGGAGAAAUGAUGUUUACAUGAAACUGCAUGGACAUGGGGAGCACAAUAAAGAAUGUGGCACAUGUAUAAUUGUUCAUGUGUACCAAGUCCUUCAGAAUAGAAUAGGUGUGGGGAUGUUUUGAUCUGAAUAGCUGUGUCUCAACUUGUUAAGGAUGGCGCUCCAGUGGCUUGGAAUCAUAUGCUUUAUAGUUUUGAUAUGCCUAUGCUUUUGCCAAGUAAUUAAUAGACCACCAUCAUUAACAAAAAUAUUCGAGCCAGAGUACUACAUUCAAAUUGAUCACAGUACACCAGUGACGGUCCAGUGUGAGGCAACCAAUGGGGAUAUAACCUAUCAGUGGAGAAAAGAUAACGUCGCAGUGAGAAAUAGUCGACAAGUUGCAGUAGAUGCCAAGCUAGGCACCAUUACGUUUACCCGAAUUGAGUAUGAGGAUUACGGAACUUAUCAGUGCUUUGCCAGUAAUCAAUAUGGCACGGCCCUCUCCCCACCAAUAAAAAUCAAGGAAGCUCGUUUGGGAAGUUUUCCUAUAGAACCUGUGACUCAAGACUGUACUGAGUACCAAGAGUGUCUGAUUCAGUGUCGUAACCGUCCAAAAUGCGAGCCUGCGGCUGAAUGUCGAGUUGAGUGGAAGAAAGGCCCAGGUACAGACUACAAUGUUAGGGUGUCGGAAAGAAUAGCAGUGGAUGGCAAAGGAAAUUUACACAUUCUAAAUGUAAAACAAGAGGACUGGGAUGGACAGGAGUAUGGAUGUGGACUGUGGAACGAAGUAACCAAGACCUUUACUAAAGGCAGCAUGACGUCUCUUAACAUUAUCAAAUCUACUCCAAAGCUUAUAGAGCCCAAAGCUGUGUAUAAUUCCGUUAAAGUCAAGGCUGUUCUGAGACAAAGCGCUACACUCCAGUGCAUAUUCGCUGGAAGUCCAAUACCUAGCAUAACAUGGAAGACUCCACACCUGGAUUUGAUCAACUUUACACGCAGUCAAAAAUAUGAACUGGCUGACUAUGGUAGAAAGUUAUUGGUGAAAAAUAUAACUUUUGAUGAUGAAGGGUACUACACAUGUAUUGCCAAUAAUAAAGUUCAGCAGCAGUCUUUGUUAAACGUAACAUCUCCACCUUACUUAAAUCCACAAAACAAGAAUCCUCAGAUGCUUGAUUCCUAUGUUUCUGCUGGGAAGAAUGCUGCAUUUUACUGUGAUGUCAUGUCAGUUCCUGGCGAAGACCCUCCCUCCCUACCAAUAUGGAAGAAAAAUGGCAGAGACAUUGGUGCCAGUCAAGUAGGUGUAGAGUACUUGGUAAGUCAAGACAUGAAGGAACUGACCGUGCUAGACGUCAUGAAGGCCACCUCAGCCCGACCAGGAUCUACCGGCAGUUACCAGUGUGUGUCAGAAAACAGCGAGGGCAUGAUCUUUAAGGAUGCUUUCUUAGCUGUCAUUGACCCCAUUAAGAUAUUGCUUAGACCAGAGAAAUCUUAUCGCGUUGACAGAGAGAGCUUGCUGUCUCUUGCUGUGGAUGCUGUCACAGAUCCAGCUCUGAAUCUGCGGUAUAGAUGGAGAUUUACGGAUUCAAACAACAUAACUAUUAAUGUAGCAAACUCAGCGUCCUGGAUGCUCUCCAACGAUAACAAAAACCUCACUAUCAACACGCAGGGGUUAGAUAAAGAAGAGUUUUUUAGAAUUAUUGGACGAUACACAAUAGAAGUAUAUCAUUCCUAUGAUGCCGAGUUUGUUCACAUAGAUGUUGUCACAAACGUACUUACAAAUGUCACUGAUCCGUUACCGCCUGUUCCUCAAGAGCCACCAGCUGAGGCCAAUCUGUGGUUUCUGGGAAUCAUCUUUGGAGUUAUCAUACUAAUCAUUGUCAUCAUUCUCAUCGUCUGCAUGCUGUAUCACAAUACUUGUAAAAGUGGAACGUAUCCAGUGGAUGAAAAAGAAGUUGCUGCCGGGCAUGAUCCAGAAAAAGAACUAGCCGACAGUGGAUUCCAUGACUUAUCCAGAGCAGAUGAAGAUGGUCACAAAAUGGACAACAUAUCUCUCUCAGAUGAUUUUGGCAAACAGAUAGAAAGUGACGAAGACAGUAUGGGUGAAUAUGGUGGAGAUUUAGACAUUAGUAAAUUUAAUGAAGAUGGAUCUUUUAUAGGAAUAUAUGCAGACAAAUUGACACAUAAUACAAAACAAUCAACUGUCUGAUAGUAACUUAACACGCAGUGUCUUUGUUGGGGAAAACUUCCUCAUUUUGCUUGCCAUAUAGUGAAAAUGCUUCCAGGAAUGGGAUAAGUCGCUGAUAAAAUAAGUCGGAGAGAAGAAGAUGACAAUACAUGACAUCUUAAGUCCUGUGGAAGUUCACUGCCAAUUUGUAUGUAGGAGGGUUAAUUGUUGAAGCCUCACAGUGAUAGAUCUAAUUGGAUUUACUUCAUAACUAGUCAUGUGGCAUUAUUGUGCAGGAGCAUUCAUUAACUCCAGAUUUUUACAAGAGGAUUCUACAUUCAAUGUUCAAUGUUGUGUACACUGUAUAGUGGUGUAACCAAAUAUUGUCCAUUAAACUUCCAGCAAAAGCAGACAGAAAUGGACCAUUUGUUAGAUCACCUGAUUUACUCAGCUGACCAAGUGCUUUUUGUGCCUGUUCCUCGCUGUGUUUUGUCCACUUAGUUUGAACAUUUUUAAUUUUUCAGAAAAUACUCAACUGUUUUGCACCGAAAUUGGUGUGGGCUCAAUAGAUAGGCCAAAACUUUAAAAAGUAGAACCUUCUAUACUACACUCUAGAACAUGUUCCAAACAAAUUGACAAGUUUUUAUGAACAUGGAGGCCUCAUAUAUUAAGAAAUUACUGUACUACACAUUUAUAUCUUUCAAAAUCUUCUCUACUCAGCAGAUAAACAGUGCAUAGUUAUAAUAAGCAUAGAGGUCAAACUUGUGACCCCUGAGUCAAGGGUUAAGGCCCAAGCCUUUUGGCCAAGUUAAAGAUCAAUGAUAAAAGUUCAUGACAAUAUUAUUAGGGUCGAGAUCAAAAAGUUCAAUUCUGUAUACCUUUACUAUGGUUUAUUCAUAAAUUAAAGUGUACAUUAAAACUAUUAAAUGUUCAUUAAAAUGUAAUAUUAUUUUGGUUUUUAACAGCCACUUGUCUUUUUUUUUUCAUGAAAGUGCAAUCGAUGUCGGAUGACAGAAACUUGCAGGAGUUUUUUACUCCCCCUCCCCCAAACUAUUUGAAUUUAGAUUUUUAUCCGACAUGGAUCUUUUGAUCUCGCCCCUUAGAACUAAUGAUCAUUGCUUAUGAUAUCAAAAAAGACUUAUAACAUCCAUUUCAAAAGUUUUAAAGAUGCAAUCUUGCAUACUUCUUAUUAGCUAUUUCUUGUGGGGUACUCGGGUGACCGUUAGGCCCCAUGGGCCUCUUGUUAACUAUACAUUCCAGGCUGUAUACCUAGGCAUAGUUGUCGGACCAAUCCUUCUCUCCCACACCCCCCCCCCCCCCCCACCCCACCCCCACCCCCCCAGUUGCAUAUGUUUUGCUCAUUUACAUAUUUCAGUUGUGAAAUGAAAUGUAUAUAUAUUUUCAAUAUUGCCUGAAAUCCUUGAAAAUAUCCAUAUUUGUGGCAAUCUUUAUUGUUCUUUUUUAAUUGUACUGCAGCAUCAUUUGGUUUUGUACAGUUUUGAUAAACAUUCCACUGUUGUUUCUAUACCAGGGACACUUCGGCUAUGUGUGUGCUGUAGAUAUUAUAUUUGAUAUUUGUACUUGGUGUAUUUAAAAUGUGAAUGUUGAAGUUUCUCUUUAUUUAAAGGAUAAAGUAUAUAUAUGUAUUGAUCAGUCAUAUAUUAAUGUGCAAUCACAAUUUUUGAAUAUGUACAUGUAUGUACUAUAUGAUUUGAUAUUGCAUGCAUUAUUUUUAAAAAUGUCUCAAUUUUACCGAUCAUUUUUCAAAAAUUUCUGGAAAGGUGAUACUUAUUCCUAAGAUAUAAGGAUAUGCAAAACAUUUAUUUUUGUGGCAUGAACAAAAGUAAAUAAUAUUAAAAGUCAGUGAGCUGUGAAUGAUCUCAAAAAUAAUUUUAGAUAUAUGGCUUUUUUGCAAUAUUGCUGCAUGUUCUGUUGAUUUUUAAGUAUUAUUUGAAGGUGUUGUGAAUACCAUGUAGUCGAGCUACUGUUUGUAUUUUUUUUUUUAGCAAUAUUUAUAUACUGUACAUAUGAGGCCACCCAGUGAAUGCGAGUAGUGCCAGUGGCAUAUUAUGUGCAAUUAUGUUUUUUUAACAAUCUGAAUUAAAUUAUAUAUUUUGC